AUGGAAUCACCGAGAGGCGCCGCCGCACCUGCCCAUGCGAAGGCUGCAAAUGUUCAAGUUGGGGUUGGUGAGUUCACUUUCCCGCCUUCGCCGCCUGUAGUGGUCAGCGACUUCACAGGUGAUGUGCCAUUACCACAGGAUUUCCCAGGCUUUGCUGAAUCGUCGGACGGCAGCUUCAGUCGAGUCAGCCUAGGUAGCGAGCGUGUCGGGAACGACCUACACUUCCCUCAGCUUGAAUUCCCGGAAGACUGGGAAGAGGACUCGUCACAAGUCCCCGCUGCUUGGACGCCUCUUGGCGCGGAGACCUUGGAGCGAGCCGAUAGGGAUGUGGCCAGUCUGAUGCGAGACAUUUUCGGAAGCGACGAUUCUCAUGUAGAGCACAUGGAAUCGGGGACAGCCUCGAAUGCACCCCGACAGCAGUCGGUUUCUUCGAUCCCUGAUCUUGAUAAAGCUGUGUCGGUGGCCCAUGCAGAUGCCUCUGCAGACGGGCUUAGCUUGGAAGCCCCCGGAGCAUUCGCUUCGACCGCGGGUGUCGUAGAUGAUGCUUUGGGUUCCUUUGUAGGAGGGCUUGUCAAGCAGGAUGUUGCGAGAUUCGGCAAACUUGAUGACGGUCUCAAGCUCCCGUGGGAGAGUGAGUUCUCCAAGCUGCUUUUGGACCCAGACUGUGUGUGGGACCCUUUGCAAGGUCGCAAGCAGGGGUCGAUCUUCCCGCCGAUCACACAUAAUGCCCAGGCAGCCCGCAAACCUGAAGCCGGGUUCAAGGAGGCUCCGUCGGGUUCGAUUUUCGCCUGGGCCAUUGCGUUGGGUGCUGCAGCACGCGAUCCCGCCGCGGAGCGAGAGCGCAAGAGGGAGCAAGGUAUCGGCAUGUGGAGUAGACUUGUGCUGAGGUACUCUGAGUGCUGCUCUCUUUUCGAGUGUGUCUCUCAGGGAAUGAGAGACAGGGAAGCGGGCUACGAGGACGUUGUGCAAGUGUGGCAUUUUGUGCAGUUCCUCAAGGAAACUUCUGCGCCGGCCUCCAAGGCUGCUUCUGUCCUGAGUGCUUUCAGGUUCGCUCACUUCGUGCUGGGGUUCCGUUUGUCGGGCAUAGUUGAUUCUAGGAGGAUUGCCGGAGCCACUGAGCAGCAGCUUGUGAAUGUGCGCAAACUUCGCCAGGCUAAAGAUCUUACGGUCUCGCAGGUUCUCGAGUUGCACGCGAGGUUGGAGUCGGGAGCCUUGCGCUGCUUUGACCGCGCACUCCUCGCGUCUCUGCUGAUUAGGCUGUACGCUAGGGCUCGCCCGAGCGAUUUCCUUUUCGGUGAGUCGGUCGAGGUUGACUGCCCGCCUGGAGCAGACUACCCGUUGUUAGUGUUCGAAGUUUCCCAGCACAAGGGGGCUAGGAAGGUGCAGCUUAAGACCAAGCUUUUGCCGAUCCUGGUUCCCAUGCUCGGGGUCCACGGAAAGUGCUGGAUUGAUGAAGCUUUGAGUGCUUUUCGGAAGGCGGGGAGAAGCUUGACCUCUGUUCGGGGUCCUCUGACCUUGGCACCUGCCGAUGAAUCAGGGGUCGUCUCUUCGAGGAGGUCCAUUGCUUCCUCUGAAGUGGGCAAGAUGUUGCGAGCUUUCCUAGGUUUGCCUGAGGAGGUUACCGAUCCUUCGGCCCCCAGGGUCACUGCAUACUCGUUGCGAGGCACUUGCUUGGGAUGGGGAGGUAAGUUCGGGUUUGACGAGGACCUGGGGAGACAUGCGUCCUCGGUCAAAACUACGCAAGCCAUCUACAGCAGAGAACUGUCGGCUGCACCGGUCAGACGGCUUCAGGAUAUGAUCAGAGAAGUUGCAGCCGGAAACUUCUUCCCUGAUAACAGUCGCUCGAGUUACUUCCCGAGGCGAGCAGUUGGUAACGAGGAGGUCCCGACCCGGGGCUCCGACAAAGGAGCAGAGAAGCUCAAUCCUGUCAAGGUUGAGGUGGUCAGCAGCGACGAGUCCGAGGCAGGGAACUCUGUUUCCUCAGACAAUGAGUGCAGCGACUCCUCUCAGUCUUCGCAGUCCUCCUCCUCGUCGUCUGCGAGCGAGGCGGUUGAGCCUGCUGUUCGUAGGUGGAAGCGAGCUAAAGUCGAGGUGCCAGACCAGGUGUGGUAUGUGAACGCUUCGAGUGGGGUCUUGCAUCUGCUUGCCAGCCCCGAUGAUGUUCCGAUGCUGCUCGCAUGCCCGCGCAGAGCGCGCUUUUGGGCGAACGAUGAAUGUAUCGUGUGCUGGAAAGAAAGCGGGGAGCGAAGUGCUCGUAGCGAAGUGCUGUGUGAGCGUGUGGAGGUGGGCCUCAGUCGCGAAAGCCUCAGGGCGCUCGCGGACCAUGGGAUCGAUACUUUGAGCAAGCUGGCUUAUUCCUGCGGCCAGCCGGGCACACCGCUGCCUCAAUCUGAGUUCGAUGAUUUCAUUUCCACGGUCAUGCCAGCGGCACUCUUGGGUGAGAAAGGAAGGGUGAAGCGGCUUCUUUUCGAGAGUCAAGCACUCCUGCUUAAUGAUCUCAGGGAACAGGUGACCCAGCCCGAUAAGUGGUCUACGCGAGAUGUUCCGACGGUCGAGCGUCAGAAGAGAAUGGAGGCCGUGCGUGCCAGCAUACCGGGUGUUGUGCUUGAGGGGUCCCUGGAGCCCUCCCAUGGUCUCUUGAAUGCAGCUUGUCGAAUGGAGAGAGAGGGGCAGCUUCGCUACAUAGCCCCCGAGCAGUGUGGCACUCGCAUGUAUGAGAUCCAGAAUGCCAAGGCCCAGAGUAAAAUCCUGUCAUUGGAGGAGGGCAAGUUGGCGAUUUCUGAGGAGAAAGGGUUGCCAGAAGUAGCCUGCGGGUCAGCCUUGUUAUUGCAGGAGGCUUUGAAGCGCCGAGGUGUGGCACUCCAGUUCGCCGGUGUAGCCAGUUACGUGGCACAUGAAAGGUAUGUCCUCAAACUCUUUGGGCAUAUGGGGCGAGAGCCCCCGCCAGGCUAUGCAAGGACUAGUGUACACCAACUCCUUACGGCAGAUAGGCAGGUCUGGACGCGAAUGAUCGAAAACGAAAUCAGUCCGAAAAGGAGUGCAGAUGGGACAUACCCUGUUGAUCGGGCUCUGCUCCCCACACUUGAGACAUUCGACGUCACUGUAGCCCUCCUUCCGCGAAAGUCCGAGGAAAGUAAGAAGAGGGUCGCCACGCCGCAUAAGCCCGCGGUUGAGCGAGCCAUCCGUAAACUGGGUGGAGUUGCAGAGACUCCCGACAAGAAGCGCAUUUGCUUCUCCAGGAAUCUGCCAUGCGGCUGCACUCAGGAUCCGUGCCCCAAGGGAAAGCUUGCCGAUGUUUUGCAAUUGAUCACCAUGCUUGAGAGUGAGACCCCGGCGAGGGGUCAAGAAGCGCCAAACACUUUCUCCUGGACUUCGGGAGCAUAUGCCAAAGGACCGCUCAAAGGCGUCAGGAAACACACCUCUGUUUUCCCAGCUUGUACGCGCUUGUUGUGUCAGCUUGUGCUGCAAACUUUCCCAAACGCCGACUUCACUUCUGUUGCGAUUUAUAAGAACCUUCAGACUGCGUUGCAUGUCGACGUAAAUAACGAGAUGGGGUCGCAAAAUUACUUGAUCCCGAUUACCGCUUUCCAAGGUGGAGAAGUCUGGCAAAAAGGGCCUGGCAACGACAUCGUGCAGGACGAGCUAGGGUUUAGCCUCUCUGGGUCCUUAGUUCGGGUUGCCGAUGGGCCGUGUACCCUAAACCCCCGUGAAACCCACUGCACCAUGCCUUGGACUGGCGACCGGGUGCUGCUUGUCGCCUUCAAGCCUAAUCACGCUGCAAGCUUGUCUUCGGAGUACCGCCAACGCCUGCUGGAAGCAGGGUUUCCAGAAAGUGCAUUCCGUUCAAGGUCGUACUCUCAGGGUUGCGACUCUACUCGCCCACGGGGUGUGCUCCCAGACCACUUUGAUGAAAUGCCUACACGGCCCAGCGACAGUUCUGCUUGCACUUCCGACGCCGUCCCUAAUCCUGUAACUUGGUGCGAUCCCUCAGUCAUUGAAUUGUUUUCGGGGUCCGGCCGGGUAACUGCCUGUCUUAAACAGUUGGGGCUAUCAGCCGUCGGGGUAGAUGCUGACAAACGCAGGUCCAUCUCAACGUGCCUACAGGCCGAUCUAGCCACGCGCAAAGGACAGGACUUGUGCAUGGAGUGGAUAUCGUCACCUAGGUUAGCCGGCCUUUUUGUGACUCCGCCUGCUCACUUGGGCAGUGCUAUGGACCAAUUCUUGGCAGCAGCCUUGUUACAUGUCCUCGGCCGAGGGGUCUGUGUUUUGGCCCAGCCGGGCGAUGGGCCGUUUUGGACAUCCGACUGCUGGAGCAAGGUCUCUUCGCAUUUUACUUUUGUGUCGUGCCACGAUUGCGCAUAUGAGGGAAACCACCUGAGCACAACCAUUUUUGCUGUCACCGAUCGUUCAUUUUCGAAGCUUGCUCGAUUUUGCCCGGGCCACUCGUGCCGCCAGGACCGUCUGCCUGAGUGCAAAUUGCAUGGCGCCUAUCCGGUGCGUCUGGCCAUGCAGGUGGCUUGCUGUUUUGCUCAACACUUCGUGCAAAAGGGCUGGCAAUCGCCCCCGCAAUCUUUUGAUGCUUUUCAUCCUCGCUUGGAAGUUCCUAUGUCUCGUGCUUUGGCUGGUGCCCAACCUCGUGCCAGCAAGAUACCGCCACCAGUUAGUGAGCAUCAGCGGGUCAUAGUCUUGCAGCACCCUCCGGGGCUCGUGCUGCCGUGUCAGCCGAUGCAACGACUCAGCAAGCCGUGGCCCGUGCCGCCACAGUGUGGUGCCACCCUGGCACACAUCCCGGCAAAAGCUCAGCUGCUCCGGCACGUGCCAAUAGUCCAAGCUGGGGGUAAAGAACUGGUGAAAGUUGACUCUUGGGAAAUGGCUUGGGGGUUACCCUGGGAGCCUGAGGAGUUCAUGCAGAAGGCGUCCGAAUCAUGUCACCCAAGGUCGAUGGGCUCUGUGCUCCCGGCCCCCUUGAAUGAUACUCUUGAAUCCUUGGAUAAGUUGGGAGACGCCGAAGUCUCCGCUUUGAGGGCUAGGGUAAUCAAGGAGUGGUUGCACUUGGCGACUUCGUUGUCCUCCAAUGAGGCGGAGCUGAAGGCCAGCAUGCACCCUGAUGUUCGUGAGAUUACAGCAUCCAAACGCAUCCUCUUGUGGGAAGCUUUGCUUAAGAAAUACGAUUACCCAGACCAGUGUGUGUCGAGCCUUCUCAAGGAAGGCGUCCCGUUGGUGGGGCAUGCGCCCAUUUCGGGAGUCUUUAAACCAAAGUUCAAGCCCAUGCAAGCCACGCCGAAGCAGGUAAGGGAGGAUUCAAAAGUUUUUCGGGAAAAGGUUAAAAAUUCCCUUAAGCCCCAGGACCCCGCCUUAGCAGCAGAAGUUUGCUCCAAGACUGAGAAGGAGCGAGAAGCAGGAUGGAUCGUUGGUCCCAUGUGCGAGUCCAGCUUGUGUGAUGGGAUCUUGGUUAGCCGUCGGUUCGGAAUCCAGCAAGGCCAGAAGGUCAGGUGCAUUGACAAUUUGACUUCUUCGGGGGUGAACCUUGCGGUGCAGGCCUAUGAGGCUCCGCAACCUCAGUCUACAGACGUGGUUGCAUCCACUUGUCUUCGACUGCUGGAAUCCAUCAAAAAGAGAGCAGGCAAGGUCUUGUUCAAAAUCUUGGGCAAGGCGUUUGAUUACACUGCAGCUUACCGGCAGAUGCCAGUCCACCCAGACACAGCCUGGGCAGCGUACGUUUGCUUCGUGCAUCCAGACACGAACGAGCGGGUGUACUUUCGGAUGAAAGCCAUGCCAUUUGGAUCGGCAAUGGCAGUCUACGCUUUCCUUAGGAUUAGUCAUUCCUUGUGGUUUCUCGGUGCAAAGGCAUUGCUUCUGCCUUGGUCGUCGUUUUUCGACGACUUUGUCACUUUUGCGACGACGGGGUGCUGUGCGUCGGCAGAGGCGGCAGUAACGUCAAUGUUCAAACUCCUAGGUUGGGCGUUCGCCGAGUCCGGCGAAAAGGCAAAUGACUUUUCCGAGUGUUUCCAGGCGCUUGGAAUCAUGGUGGACCUUCGUGCAUGCCUCGAUGGCACCAUAAGCUUCAAGAACACUGCAAAGCGGGUCUCCGAGAUCAAGACGUUCGUGGGCAAGGUGCUUGAGUCAGGUAGGUUGCCACAUCACGAGGCUCUAAGGCUCAGGGGUAGGUGCCAGUUCGCCGAUUCGCAAAUUUUCGGUCGUACUGGGAAGAAGUGCUUGGGUCUGAUCACUGCUCAUGCUUACGGCUUUGACGAUGCAAUCAGUCGCGAACUCAGGGCCUCACUCGAGAAGUUCUUACUCCGGCUCGAAGUCGGGGCCCCGCGCUUGAUCAAGAUCCUUGAGGGCGGAUCGUGGCAUGUGUACACAGAUGCUUCGUAUGAGCCAGGGGCAGGGAAUAGUUUCUGCGGCCUGGGAGGGGUGCUGGUUGAUCCCACUGGUGUUCCACGAAAAUUCUUUUCACUUGUUUUGAGCGACGCACAGAAAAAUUUUCUUGGCGAGCAGAAUUCUGCACAGAUCAUCUUCCAGGCUGAAAUGCUAGCAAUGGCAGUGGCACUGGACGUAUGGUUGCAGGACUUGAUGGGGCACACGGCAAUCUUCUUUGUGGAUAAUAACGGUGUGCGUGAUGCAGCUAUCUCUGCGAAUGCCAGAGCUUCAGUCGCGAGGCGAUUGUUGGAGGCGUUUCUGCAGAAGGAGCAUAACUCCUCAAUCAUUCCGUGGUUCGCAAGGGUACCAUCCCCAUCGAACCCUGCAGACGAACCUUCAAGGGUUGAGCUUGACAGCUUGAGCUUGCUGGGGGUACAACUCCUUCGUUCGAAUGUGACUCAAAGAGUCGACUCUUGCUUGAAGGAUGUGCAGGGACUUAGGUAA